AUGCCAACGACGAGCGAAACAGAGGCCCAAGGCCAGGCUAAUGGCAAGAAUAUCCUGGACAUUAACGCUAGUAUCCUACCACCCACUACCGCCUUUGAAGAUGCAUUCAUUUCUUAUGAGCGGCUGCACAAGGCUCACAAAGCCGAGUGGCCUCCCCGACAGAAACUUAAGGUUCCCGAAUUCUCCCCUGAUGCUGACCCCAAUGACAUUGUCGAUGCCCUGAAGCGGGUCGGAGGAUGCAUCGUUCGCGGAAUCGUUUGUCAGGAAGACAUUGCACAAAUGGAAAAAGACAUCCGCGUCUCACUCGAAGCAGACGAACCCUGGAAUGCAUCUACAUUUUUCCCACCUACCACUCGCCGGGCAUUCGGGUUGAUUGGCAAAUCUCGGACAUUCGCAUUGUCAGUCAUUGGGAACGACCUAUACCAGGCGGUCUGCGAGGAAUUCCUGACCACGAAGUCGUAUCCCUAUUACGGAAACCGCGACGUGCUCAAUGUAUCACCUCCUCAGGUGAACAACACCAUUGCAUUCUCUGUCCGGCCAGGAAACAGCUUCAAUCAGCCACUGCAUCGGGAUGAUGACAUACACUACGCAGACCGCCCUCGAGUGGACAGAUAUCCUGAUCAGACAAAUGUGCGGGAGUACGGCAUUGGCUUUUUCGUCGCGGGUACAAGGACUACCAAAGCCAACGGUGCCACACGCUUCAUACCCGGGAGCCACCUUGAGUCUACGCUGCAGCCACCAGACGAGGCAUUCGCGCAAUGA